AAUGAAUCAAUAAUUAGAUGACUCAAAGGAGGAAAGUGUAAAAUCUUAAUCAUUAGAAAGAUAUUUAUAAGUUGAAUCUACAAAGAAUUCAUUGUCUCCAGUUAGACAAUUAUAAACAACAAGACUUACUUAUGAGUCAUCUAUACUAAAGCUUUAGAAUGGAAAAUUUUCUAAUUCUUAAGCUGUCUUUUAGGAGGCUCUAAAAAAAAAGAAAUGUGAACUGACUAAGAAACCAUAAAAACAAAUUUUAGAAAUCUCUAAGAAAUCAAUUCCUUAAUAAUAAAAGGAAUUGAAAAGUAUUGAAAAUAUAUAUAUAUUAAUAUAGAAUUUGAUAAAGUGUAAGAUAAUAUAAAGUAAUCAUAAAUAAAGUCAGAGGAAGUUAAAAAGAAGAAAGAAGAGUAAAAAUAGAAGGAAGAAUAAGAUAAAUAAAAAAAUGUAGCAGUUUUAGAAAAUGAUGAAGGUAAAAAAAUAAUAUUUAACAUAAAUAUAUAGCCUUUUUAGAAACUGUGAAUAGAUUGUAUGAUUUUGAGAAAAGAAAAAAUAAGCAAAUAUAGAAAUUAGUUGAUGAAGAGAAAAUUAAAGAGAAAUAAUAAAAAUUAGCUAGGCCAUUCAUAAAUUAAAAAAGUUGUAUAUUAUUGGACAAAAAACUAAAAUAGCUAAUUGAAGAAGAUGAAUCAUAUAAAUAGAUUUGUCAAUUUAAAGAUAUGGCUAUUUAAGCUGAUUUGUUACCAAAUCUACCAAAAAUAAAAGAUUUUUAAAUAAUUAAGUAUUAUAUAAAAUUAAUAAUAAGUCAAAAGAAUCUGAAUCUUAGCAAAUCUUAAUAAUAGAUAGCUAUUGUAAUAGAUUAAGAAUUGAAAGAAGAAGCAGAAGUGGCUGAGGAUGUUUAAUAUAAAUAGGAUCAAAAUCAUAAGAUAAUUUAAACUCAAGAGAUUAAAUAUAAAGUUAGUGAUACAAUUAAAAAAUAAUAAUAAGGAUAAUAGUAAGCAGAUAUAAAACAAUUUUAAGAGAAAGAAACUCCUAAAAAAUAGAAGGUAAAUAAUUAAAGACAAAAGAGAUAAGAAAUUAUGGAAUAAUAGGGAUAGAGAGUAAAGACUGAAUGUGAAUAUUAUGUUCCUCUUCAUAUAAGAUAACAAUAAAUUAUAUAGAAAAAAUAGGAAUGGGUUAAAUAAUAAAAAGAAAUGAGGAAAUAAUAAGAAGAAGAAUAAGAGAAAUAAUUUUAGGAAUUGUGGGAAAAGGAAAAAGAGAAAUAUAAGAAAAAUAGUGUUGGAGAAGUCAAUGUUGAAGAAUUUGUUAAUCAAUAAUUAAGUUGGUUGGAAAAGAGAAAUGAUCACAUAUUAAAUGAAUAAAUUAAAAAGGAUAAAGAAACUAUUUCAUAAUUAACAUUUAAACCCUAAAUUUAAAAACGAGGAUCAAAUAAUCAUGAUAAAAAUGAAAAAGUAGAAUUAAGAUUAUUGGAUUAUUAAUAAAAGAAAUAAGAAAAUUUACUUAAAUUGGAAAACAAAUAUUUACCAACAUUUAAACCUAAUUUAACAUAAAAAUCAGUAAUUUUUCAUAUUUAUAUAUAGUUUUUAAGUAUGGAUUGGGCUUCAAAAAGUUUUAGUAAUGCUUCAUUUAAUAAUCUAUGGUCAUGA